AUGAGCGACGAUGAGUUUGGCUACGAUUUUGAGACCGACGACGAGGAGCUCUUGAUCCAACUUGCUUCCAAUGCCUCGAAACAGUCGACAGACGCUGUGGCGCUCAUUGCUGCUGCAAGUUCUGCGGAGAAGACAGUAGCAGGCUUCAAGGCAUCGCAAGAAGUAAAGGCGUUUCACGAGCGUGUGUAUCCCCACGAUGCACUGGCGCUUACUCCUGGUGAUAAGGGAAAGGCGCCAGAAGCACCUGUAUGGGGUGCAGAUCAGAACCGGGCUCUCUCAUCUGCCACAUCAGCUCACGACCCUGUCGCAUAUCCCGAUUUAACUGGCGCUUUACAAGCGCUUGGGUCCGUCCAAUCGCCGCCACCUACGGAGCUCAGCGACGGUGGCGAGGCCGAUUAUGAAGAUGAUCGCUCACCUCUACAGAGAUUUCGAGCAUUCCCCAAGAGACCUCUAACAGUAACCGACCUGACUGCCGGAGCAUGGUGCGAGCUUCAGUACUGGUACACACUCACACAACUGCCUGGCGGGCGUAGAACCCGGACACCAGCCAUGAAGCAGGGAUCCAAAGUGCACAAGAAGCUUGAAGACGAGGUCCACACCACUGUCAAGAUUGAGAUUGUGCAGAAAGAAGACGGAUUUGCGCUGAGGUUGUGGAAUUUGGUUCAGGGGCUGAGAACGCUGCGCGAUACGGGCUUGACAAGAGAGCUGGAAGUUUGGGGCUUCGUCGACGGCAAUCUGGUUAACGGCGUCAUCGACGAUAUAAGCUACGACAACCCGAAUCCGGAUUUUGAGACGGAGCUGUCAAACCAAGGAUCGCAGCCCAGCGAGGGGCAAUCAAUGAUUUCUGACUAUUUUCCACCUCCCAAAUCUACUAACAAGGCCAAGGCCAGCGAUCGCAAGAUCUUUCUAGCGGAUAUCAAAACACGGGGUACUUUAACACCUAUAUCGCCAGCAAUAAUACGCCCCGCAAAGAUUCAAUUGCUAUUAUACCAUCGCUUCUUGUCUGUCAUGGCUGCUGAUCAGCUGGACUUUUUCAAAAUAUACAGGCGAUAUGGACUGGAUGCCGACGUGCGCUUCUCCGACACAUUCAUGUCUCAAAUUGGGGAACUUCACGACGAAAUCUUCUUCGAUUCACCAACGAGUUCAGCGGAGGAAUUCAGGGAGAUUGCUUCACGGGGAGGCGAAACUCAAGACGAUAGUCACACUGCUCUCGGAUCGGAUUCAGCUCCUGGCGCACCCGACCUUCUCAAGUACGGAACCCUCCGCGAGCUUCUACCCCUCGUCAAGCACGAAAUCGGCCUCACCUUCCCUCGCGGCGCAGAUUCCCUAGGCCACAUCCUCUGCGUGAAAUACGUCUAUCGCGAAGACGGCCGUGAGCUCAACACGCACGAUUUCCCUGUUUCUCCACAGACGCUGGAUACGUAUCUCGCCGGCGACAUGAGCUGGUGGCGCGGCGACAGAAAACCCAAGGGCGUGGCUAUCGAAGAGGCGUUCAAAUGCUCGACGUGUGAAUUUGCGGCGGGCUGUACUUGGAGGAUGGGUAUGGACCAGGAGCGGGUCAAGAGGACGCAGGAGAGGGUGAAUAAGGCGAAGAAGGUUGUUGAGACUCGGUUUUGA